AUGGUUUCCAUAGUAACGUGUCAGUUUUGGUUGUUUUGAUGCGUUGCUAGACUGAAGCAAACUGUGGAUGUCCUAGCAACAAACAAGCACUUUACGUGUAGAUAUAGCUAGCGAACUAGCUAAACUAUUGUUAUAUUUUUACAGUAGGAAGCUUUCUAGCUAGUAAACCGUUCCUGAAACGUAGCUAGCAAGGUACUGAAAGUUGGUGGCCAAAGCGGGCCAGUGAGGAGGUCAGAAUGUCGGGCGACCUGGUAGGAGUGUGGGAAGUGGCCCUGAGCGAUGGAGUCCAUCGGAUUGAAUUUGAACAUGGCACAACCACGGGGAAAAGGGUAAUCUACAUAGACGGAAAGGAAAUUAUAAGAAGAGACUGGAUGUUCAAGCUGGUGGGAAAGGAGACCUUCAAUGUAGGAAGUGCGGCUACCAAAGCGACCAUUAACAUUGACGCAGUGAGCGGCUUUGCUUACGAAUACACCCUGGAGAUCAAUGGAAAGAGCCUGAAAACGUACAUGGAGAACCGCUCCAAAGUCACCAACACUUGGCUGCUCAACCUGGACGGCAUCGACUGCAGGGUCGUCCUGGAGAAAGACACUAUGGAUAUUUGGUGUAAUGGACAAAAAAUGGAGACAGCGGGGGAGUUUGUGGAAGACGGUACUGAGACACACUUCACUCUAAGCGACCAUGACUGUUGCAUUAAGGCCGUGAGCAGUGGAAAGAGGCGAGAUGGCAUUAUCCACACUUUGCUUGUGGACGGCACAGAGAUAGCCGAAACCACAGAGUGAUUGUCUGUAUAGGUGUUUUGAGCACUUUGUUGGAGUGAAGAAAGCCUUUUUCAAAUCAGGGACAAAAUAAUAGACUGAACAUUGGUGCUGUGUGAUAUUUCACUGUCAAGCUGGAGUCCAUGAGGCACCUCUGCACAAUGUCUAUGAUCUUAGAUGGUUAACCACCAAAGAUCAUGGGCAUCGGAAUAAGGUGCCAUUCGGGACACAGAACCUGUCCAUGGGCCAUGCAGCUCACUUAUAAUGCAUUAAUGUGCCAGUAAUUUGCUUUUUUGUGUAGGCUGCAACAUUCUAAAACAAAUUAAUUGUAAUAACUGGAGCAUUUAUAAACAGAUCUGUCCCGUGCAUAGUUGGUAACAUCAAUGGUAUGUUUAUGUUAAUGAUUAUUUGAUGUCAGCCCUUACAAUUAAUUAAUUCAUUGAGUUUAGGCAAGUUUGGUAGGUUGCAAAUUAUAACGGUUGCAGAUAAAGGAAAACCACACUGGGGGUUCACUCAGAAUGUUGAUGCUGAAUUGGAGGUGUUAAGUGUUAAGAAUGAUUCAUCUCAGUUAACCCAGAACUAUAGUCUCGCAUAAUUGGUCAGAUACUUGAUUAUGUUCUGGGUGUUUAGAGAAUGAGGAUCAAAACCGGAACGAAGAGCUUCACAAUCUCUCUUUGCAAGUUACGGGCAAGUCUAUGGGCAAAAUGUCCACUCCCCUUUGGGAAAAAAGUGCUAACAUCUGCAAAAUUGCGAUUUGUCCAAAGCACCAGAACUAAGGCUGCUCGUUAUCCCAUGCAUCCCGUUGUAUUUUGACAGAUCUACGCUACCAUGUAUAUUUAUGUAGUCUGUCCAGGAGAGAUGAAAAACUGACACUUGCCAUUGGAUAUUGACGUGAAAAUACACCUGUCCUAAGUAUAACGUAAACCUGUCCAUGUACCAGUUUUCCUAUAUCUGUGAUUGAUUGAUUUGGGGUCAAUUCAAUGGAACGGGACUUAUUUUGCUAGAUUCUAGCCAGUGUCUGACAUGAACGGAAUGAACUGUGCUGUUACCCUCAGAUUCAAUUUAUUUUAUAUCAAAAGAGCACUAUAUGUAUUCAGGUAUAGUUACUGCAUUGUUUGUAUUAUGUACACUGCAUGACCAAAAUUAUGUGGACAGACACCUGCUUGUCAAACUUCUCAUUCCAGAAUCUUGGGCAUUAAGUUGGUCACCCCUUUGCUGCUAUAACAGCCUCCUCUCUUCUGGGAAGAAUUCAGCCACAAGAGCGUUAGUGAGGUCGGGCACUGAUUAGGCCUGGCUUGCAGUAUGCGUUCCAAUUCAUCCCAAAGGUGUUCGAUGGGGUUGAGGUCAGGGCACUGUGCAGCCUAGUCAAGUUCUUUCACACCGAUCUUGACAAACCAUUUCUGUAUGGACCUCCUUUUGUGCACGGGGGCAUGGUGAUCUUAGGCUUGUGUGUGGAUGCUUGGCUAUGGAAACACAUUUCAUGAAGCUCCCGACGAAUAGGUCUUGUGCUGAUGUUGCUUCGAGAGGCAGUUUAGAACUUGGUAGUGAGUGUUGCAACCGAGGACAGAAUAUUUUUACGCGCUACACACUUUAGCACUCAGAGGUCCCGUUCUGUGAGCUUGUGUGGCCUGCUACUUUUCGGCUGAGCCGUUGUCACUCCUAGACUUUCCACUUCACAAUAACAGCACUUACAGUUGACCGGGGCAUCUCUAGCAGGGCAGAAAUUUGACAAACUGACUUGUUGGAAAGGUGCCAUCCUAUGACGGUCCCACGUUGAAAGUCACUGAGCUCUUCAGUAAGGCCAUUCUACUGUCAAUGUUUGUCUAUGGAGAAUGUUUGUCUAUGGAGAUUGCAUGGCGGUGUCCUCGAUUUUAUACAGCUGUCAGCAACGGAUGUGGCUGAAAUAGCCGAAUCCACUCAUUUGAAAGGGUGUCCACAUACUUUUGUAUAUAUAGUGUAUAUUUUGUUUUGUGUGUCGGGUGUUUCAACAUGUUUGUAAUGUGUAUAUUUUGUUGAACUUGUCAGACAUUACUUAUUUUAUUACAUCCAUGUAAUUUCACUCAAAGUUGACCCUUAUUGUCUUUGUCUAGAAUGUUAAAACCACUUUCAGAAUCAGUGUGACCUCGCCAACCUGUGUCACAUAUGCUGUAGUCAACUGUGGUGGAACAUGUAGCCAAGGCCUAGUUACCUAGAGUAGACCCUGCAGAAAAUGGAUAGGUCUCUUGAAAUGGUACAUUACUACGUUAUUUGUGAAGUGAAAGCUAAGAGAUAUAUUUUUAAUGAGAAGCCAUUCUCUGGCGAGGUGUAAGGUUAGCAACCUAGGUAAAAUGUGUUUUUAUAUUAGAUAUUUGUCUGUUAUUCAAUAUUCUCUCAUCAAUAGCUAUUGAACCAAGCCAUUACUAUUAAAAUGAUAUAUUCUGAAUCAGG